AUGGAUAUUAAGAAUACAAUCGUAUAUAUAAAGGUACCUGGUCGAAGGUGGGAUGGGUUUGUUGAUCACCCAAAGUUUCGGUGGAACUACGAACAAGAAAAGAAGCUGUGGUCAUUAGUGUCAACUCUGGAUAAUAAGGAUGAAAUUGAUUGGGAGUUACUGGUUAAAGAGCUAAAAGCACCGGAGUUCUUUCUGAGAAAGAGAACGUAUAAACUGUUCAGCAAUCAUCUGAAAUCACUAGAAAGACAAGUCCAUAAUAGAACAUCUGUUAGUCCUCAUAGUAUGGGAUUAGUCGAUGAUAUGGACCCCCAACCGGUAACUUUGAGCACUAAAGUUCCUAAAGAGACAAACGCUUUAGAUAACCUGCAUAUAUUGAAAAGCGUGCGUCCGAAACCACCUAGAGAUGAAGAUGUGGUUGAUAGCUCUGGCACCAGUGAGUUGUCUAGUUUGAGUGUUAGCAAGUCCGCUCUGGAGGAAGCCUUAAUGGAUCGAUUGCAACUCUAG